UUCAGGUACCUUCUGUGUGUGCACAUGUAUAGUACAUACCUGGGAUCAAAGCCAGCUAUAUAAAGUCCUUGAUUCUGUGUGGGUUCAAACACAUAUCAAAGCUUCAGGAUCCUGAAAGGUUUCACUCUGCUUCCUGAAGACCUGAACACUGCUCCCAUUAAGCCAUGGCUUGCUUUGGAUUCCGGAGGCAUGGGGCUCAGCUGGACCUGGCUUCUAGGACCUGGCCCUGCACCGCUCUGUUUUCUCUUCUAUUUAUCCCAGUCUUCUCCAAAGGGAUGCACGUGGCCCAGCCUGCAGUGGUGCUGGCCAGCAGCCGCGGUGUUGCCAGCUUUGUGUGUGAGUAUGGGUCUUCAGGCAACGCCGCCGAGGUCCGGGUGACGGUGCUGCGGCGGGCCGGCAGCCAGGUGACUGAAGUCUGCGCCGCCACAUACACAGUGGAGGAUGAGUUGGCCUUCCUAGAUGAUUCCACCUGCACUGGCACCUCCAGUGGAAACAAAGUGAACCUCACCAUCCAAGGGUUGAGGGCCAUGGACACGGGGCUCUAUAUCUGCAAGGUGGAGCUCAUGUACCCGCCACCCUACUAUGUAGGCAUGGGCAAUGGAACCCAGAUUUAUGUUAUCGAUCCUGAACCUUGCCCAGACUCUGACUUCCUCCUCUGGACCCUUGCCGCAGUCAGUUCGGGGCUGUUUUUUUAUAGCUUCCUUAUCACAGCUGUUUCUUUGAGCAAAAUGCUAAAGAAAAGAAGCCCUCUUACUACAGGGGUCUAUGUGAAAAUGCCCCCAACAGAGCCAGAAUGUGAAAAGCAAUUUCAGCCUUAUUUUAUUCCCAUCAAUUGAGAGACCAUUAUGAAGAAGAAAGAACGUUUUCCAACUUCUAAGAGCUGAGGCAAUUCUAACUUUGUGCUAUCCAGCUAUGUUUGCUUGUUUGUAUAUUUUGGGGGGGAUUCAUCUCUCUUUAAUAUAAAGCUGGAUGCAGAACCCAAAGGAAGCGUACUACAAUUCAAAGCAAAGGUGCAAGAAAACAGAGCCAGGAUGUUUCUGUCACAUCAGAUCCAAUUUUAGUAAAAGUGUCACUUGGGAGCAAUACGGGGAUGCGGCAUUAUGAUGUGGGGUCAGGGAUAUAGGUUAGGGAGUGGUGCAGUCCAAAGAAAGCAAGGGAAGGGAGUUAGGGAGAGGAGAUAUUGUACACACUUUGUAUUUACAUGUGAGAAGUUUAUAGUUGAAGUGAUGUUUUCAAGGUAAAUUUUUGUGUUAUUUUUCUUAAAUGUAGAAUUACGUGAAGACUUUAAAAAUACUCACAGGGCUAUAUUUUAGCCAGUGAUUCCAACAGUUGUAUUGUACCAAUAUAUAUUUUUUAUUUGAUAGUAUUGUGCAUGGGGGCCACAUGUGCUUUUGUGUAUUUGCUGAUGAUUUCAAUAUAAACACUAUACGGCAGUGUCUUCCCACCAGGGGUUCAGGGGAAGUUUUACGGAGGGCUCAGGACACUAAUACACCGGGUAGAAUACAAGGUCACUUGGUAACUGGCUUGGAAACUGGAUGAGGUCAUAGCUGAUUCCUAUAGCCAUGUUGGGCUGAAUUGGUGUUGACAUGGGCUUUGGGCUUUUAUGUUAGCUCCGUUCAAAGGUUUGCGAGGGAGUCAAGACUGGUGUAACUGAUUUAACUCCAUAGAACGCCAUCGUCAAGUAAAUGGCUUAUUCCAGGAGUCUUGUAGGUAUGAACUUCAAGGAAGCUCUAGUUUCACGAGGGCCCAAUUCUUUACACAUGGUUAAUGCCAUGGACAGAAAACGGCAGCAGGUGGCAGAACGGGGUGAUGAGGGUUUCUGAAAACUAACACUGCUGGUGUUUUUUAACUCACUAUUUUCCAUGAAAAUGCAACAACAUGUAUAUUUUUAAUUAAAUAAAAAUCUGUGGUGGUCAUUUUCCAA